GAGAGCAGAGGCCACUGCACCACACAGGGCCUUACACCAGCCAUGGUGAGGGGCAUGGCUGUGUCCCUGGUGUCAGUCGGGGCCGUUCAAGGUCUCAACCAAGAAAUGACUAGACCGUAUCAGAAGCUUAGGCCACUGGCUUCCAAAGAGAGAAUCAUGGGGCAGCAUGGAUGGGGAGGCCAACCUGGAGGCUGACAGCCGCCCAGCAGAGAGAUGGCCCAGGUGGUGGCAGGAGGAGCUCAGCAGAUGUCCUGGCGUCCGCAGUAUCGCAGCUCCAAGUUCCGGAACGUCUAUGGCAAGGUGGCCAACCGGGAGCACUGCUUUGACGGGAUCCCCAUCACCAAGAAUGUGCACGACAACCACUUCUGUGCCGUCAACGCCCGCUUCCUGGCCAUCGUCACGGAGAGCGCAGGAGGCGGCUCCUUCCUUGUCAUCCCCUUGGAGCAGACAGGCAGGAUCGAACCCAACUACCCCAAGGUGUGUGGCCACCAGGGCAACGUGCUGGACAUCAAAUGGAACCCCUUCCUCGACAGCGUCAUCGCCUCCUGCUCAGAGGACACGUCGGGUCACCUUCCAGUCGUGCAUUUCGGGGAGGAAAGGCACAUGUGUCUUGCUGGUGACUGCCAAGUCGCGGCCCCAGCGGCUCAUCCCACUCCACCCCUGCCAUUGCCAGGUGCGGAUCUGGGAGAUCCCGGAAGGGGGGCUGAAGCGGAACAUGACGGAGGCGCUGCUGCAGCUGCACGGCCACAGCCGGCGCGUGGGGCUGGUUGAGUGGCACCCCACGACCAACAACAUCCUCUUCAGUGCCGGCUACGACUACAAGGUUCUCAUCUGGAACCUGGACGUGGGUGAGCCGGUGAAAAUGAUCGACUGCCACACGGAUGUCAUCCUCUGCAUGUCCUUCAACACGGACGGCAGCCUGCUCACCACCACGUGCAAGGACAAGAAGCUGCGUGUGAUCGAGCCCCGCUCUGGCCGUGUUCUGCAGGAGGCGAACUGCAAAAACCACAGGGUGAACCGGGUGGUGUUCCUGGGCAACAUGAAGCGGCUGCUCACCACCGGGGUCUCCAGGUGGAACACGAGACAGAUCGCACUCUGGGACCAGGAGGACCUGUCCAUGCCGCUGAUUGAGGAGGAGAUUGAUGGGCUCUCCGGCCUCCUGUUCCCUUUUUACGAUGCUGACACCCACAUGCUCUACCUGGCUGGAAAGGGCGACGGGAACAUCCGGUACUACGAGAUCAGCACGGAGAAGCCCUACCUGAGUUACCUCAUGGAGUUCCGCUCCCCAGCCCCACAGAAAGGCCUCGGGGUCAUGCCCAAGCAUGGGCUGGACGUGUCGGCCUGCGAGGUGUUCCGCUUCUACAAGCUGGUGACUCUCAAGGGGCUGAUCGAGCCCAUCUCCAUGAUUGUGCCCCGGAGGUCGGAUUCCUACCAGGAAGACAUUUACCCCAUGACGCCGGGCACAGAGCCAGCUCUGACCCCGGAUGAGUGGCUGGGCGGCAUCAACCGAGACCCCGUGCUGAUGUCCCUGAAGGAGGGCUACAAGAGGUCCUCCAAAGUGGUGUUUAAAGCUCCCAUCAGAGAGAAGAAGAGCGUCGUGGUCAACGGCAUAGAUUUAUUAGAAAAUGUCCCACCCAGGACAGAGAACGAGCUCCUCCGGAUGUUCUUCCGGCAGCAGGACGAGAUCAGGCGGUUGAAGGAGGAACUGGCUCAGAAGGACGUCCGAAUUCGGCAGCUCCAGCUGGAACUGAAAAACUUGCGCAACAGCCCCAAGAACUGCUAGCUCUGGGCUGCCCUCCAAGCUGAUCUCUCCGUGGUUUCCACUCGUCUCUUCACUUCCCUUAUGCAGUGGCCCCAGAGACAGAGCCAGGACUGGAGCUGGGGGCCAACCUGGGGACCCCACCUUUAACCUCAACAACUGGAAGCCGACCCUUGACCUCCUGACCUCAUGCUAAUCUUAGUCCCCAGCCUCUCCUGGAGAAUCCCACCCACACCCCUUUUGUUCCCCAGGAGCCAGGCUUUCCCUUGGCUGGGCCAGGACCACGGACUCCCCAAGGGGUACCCUCCAUGGACAGGGACAGAGAGGGACGCAGAUCCCAGCUCGACUUAGAACUUGAACUUUUCCCUGCCAAGGGGCUGCCAGGACUUGUGGGGACUCCCGGUUCUGGGUCCCUGCUGGGCCCACAGUGGGGCUGGACCUCAGGCCAGGGUCCCCUGUGUCCCAGCAGCCCUGGAACCUGACUCACCUUUCUGGCUCUUCCCCUCCCGCCCCUUGUCUUCAGGGAAUGAAGAGGACGCUUUCAAAGGCCAUGUGACCCUCGCCUUCCCGUGAUUCUCUUCUGAGCUCUUGCACACCCUUUUCGCAUUGAAUUCGUGAGCUAGGCAGGGUAGGGACUCUCGUCCCCAUUUGUCAAAUGACUCGACUGAGGGUUGCAAUGCGGAGCAAUGUACUGAGUCACCCGGCAGGUCAAUAGUGGACCCUGGGUGUCCAGACCCCAAGGCCAGGCCCCCUGCCCUGCAUCCAGAUGCCGCUCCCCCAUGGGUUUCCCCACUUCCACCAUCAGCCGAUACCAGUAGUGCCAGUGUGCCACACUGCCCGGUUGAGGACGCUUGGUGCCCCCGGACCCUCCUGGCCUGCACCCUUGGCUCCGCCCCAGGAGACUCCAUCUGAGACGAGGCCUCUUCCUCCGGAAGCCAAGGCUGAGAAGAGUGGAGCUUGGUCCCGGGCAUGCAGAGCAGGGUUUGAUGGCUUCUGGGGACCCCGUGUGUCUCUCAGCCACUUGCAGCCUUAUGCACGUAGAAUGGCCACAGCCACCCCAUAGGACAGCACUUUAACGUUUACUCAGUUCUUUGACCCCUGGGAUGUCGCCGAGCCUCACCUCUGCCCCACUGUGUGGCCAAGGACAGAGAAAGCGGCCCCAGGGUGCACAGCACUGUAAGAUGCCAUGUUCCAUUCGGUCAUCUGCACAAUUUCAUUUCUCUCCUCCUCUUUUUCUCCUUGCAUUUCUCACCAUCCAUGCUAAAUCCAAAAGCACUGUUUUCAGAAAAGUCGCAGUUUGGGAGGACCUGGGACUCCAGAAGUGAGUGUCUCUGUCUCUCAUUGGCUGGAAACUGCUGGACAGGGACGCUCUCCACCUGCCCUUCCCAGGGCACCUGCAGGAGUCUUGUCCACGGAGACCCUGGGGAGCGGGCAGGGAGCCCCCACACUCCCCCCAGGGGACAGGGUCUCCCUGCCCUCCCUGCAGUAGACAGUGCCAGCUCUCCUCACCCCCUCCUCACUUUCAACUUUCUUUUCUUCUUCCCCAUUGACCUUUGCGGUCUUCUGUGAUUAUUUAUGCUGCCUCCCAAGGAUAGAAUUGAAAUAAAAUGUUUUCAAGUUAUCACGG